AUGGUGCGUCUGGUGGAGGGGCUGAAAUUAAACGAAAUCCAGUUUGCUGACCAAAAGCAAGAAUUCAACAAGCGCCCGACGAAGAUCGGCCGCCGUUCACUUUCCCGCUCCAUCUCGCAGUCCUCCACAGAUAGCUACAGCUCAGCUGCCUCCUACACAGACAGCUCUGAUGAUGAGACCUCCCCCCGAGACAAGCAGCAGAAGAACUCCAAAGGCAGCAGUGAUUUCUGUGUGAAAAACAUAAAGCAGGCAGAAUUUGGGCGCCGAGAGAUUGAAAUCGCUGAACAAGAAAUGCCUGCGCUGAUGGCUUUGAGGAAGAGAGCACAGGGAGAGAAGCCACUGGCUGGGGCCAAGAUCGUGGGCUGCACGCACAUUACAGCGCAGACAGCUGUCCUAAUGGAGACUCUUGGUGCGCUGGGUGCGCAGUGCCGAUGGGCUGCGUGCAACAUCUACUCUACUCUUAAUGAAGUGGCUGCUGCCCUUGCUGAGAGCGGGUUCCCCGUCUUCGCCUGGAAGGGAGAAUCCGAAGACGACUUCUGGUGGUGCAUCGAUCGCUGCGUCAACGUCGAAGGAUGGCAGCCCAACAUG